AUGUGGAAUCAGAAUAGGACCUCAGUCAGCGAAUUCAUUCUUCUGGGCUUCACCAGUCACCCCACAUUGCAGCGUCUCUUCUUGGUGUUGUGCCUGGUCAUGGCUUUGGCUACUAUGUUGGGAAACAGCAUCAUCAUCUUCUUGGUCUGGGUUGACUCCCGCCUCCACACAGCUAUGUACUUUUUCAUUGGUAACCUCUCUUUGCUGGACAUCCUAUUCACUGUGAUUACGAUUCCUCAGAUGCUUGUCCACUUGGUCUCUGGGAUUAAUAUAAUUUCUUUCAGCAGAUGCAUGACUCAACUCAAUCUAACCCUGUCCUGUGGGAUGACUGAGUGCUUCAUCUUGGCUUUCAUGGCAUAUGACCGCUAUGUGGCCAUAUGCCUGCCUUUGAGAUACCCCACUAUCAUGAGAAUGCAUGUGUGCGUGAAGAUGGCAGGAUUAUGCUGGAUUGGGGCCUUCUUCAAUGCUGCAGCUCUGACAGCCAUCACUGUGAGAUUCCCAUUUUGUGGGCCCAACCAGAUCAACCAUUUCUAUUGUGAAUUGCCAGCAAUGCUUCCACUGGCCUGCAUGGACACCUAUAUGGCAGAAGCCCUCAUCCUUGCCCUGAGUGUAAUUGUCCUCAUGCUGCCUUUCACAUUCAUAGUGGUCUCCUAUGUCCACAUUGCCAAGGUGGUGAUAGGCAUGUGCUCAGCCAAGGGACGACAACGAGCUUUCUCCACCUGUGCCACCCACCUCACAGUUGUCACAUUGUUCUACAGCACCAUUGGCUUCACUCACUUGCAGCCUCGAACCAACCAUGUGGCAGACCAGCAGAAGACAGCCUCAGUCUUCUAUGCUCUGGUCUCCCCCAUGCUGAACCCUAUCAUCUACAGCCUGAGGAACAAAGAUGUUAAAGGAGCCUUGGCCAAAUCAAUGGGGAAGGUGAGCUGA